GUCCAGCCGGAAUACGAACAGCUCACAAGUGUCGCGUUCUUCAGCCUCGUGCAGGAUUGCAGUCCUACCAGGUGGGAAGGUGGACGUGCUUUAUCCUUCUCUGCAAUCUCAGAGGAAAUGGAUAUUAUUGGGCGGGGCCGCGCAAGGCUGAGGGCCUAGAGACACUCAAGUUAUUGGCUCCACUGCUAUGGAGAACUGACCCUCAACACCAAUUGUGCUCAGGCAUAUUCUACCCAUACUUCAGUGAUCCUGUUCAAAUCACAAGUCGCAGCAUGAGCUACUACUUUACACAUAUGAGCGGAGGUGCCUUUGAACUAUUCUGCCACCGCAGUUACAUGGCCGGAACCCAGAUCAGACACAUAGUCACCCGAGUAGGGAGAACACGUGAUAUGAUUGCUUACAUAAUAUGAUCGGAAAUAAAUGUGGUGUGUGAGUGCGCAUUGGAUAUGGCUGCUCCGAGGCCUUGACGCUCAGCUGUAGCAACUCAAUACAACUGCGAUUCCCUCCACGUACUGCGGCUCCGGUCGUCACGGAAAGGGCGACUUGAUACGCGCUGGCGGCAAUGAGCAAUGCUGGGACUUUAGCACUGCGCCUGGCAAGAAAAUGCUUGCAACACGCCUCGACAUGUCGACACUCGCUCAAUGCGGAGUCCAAUGCUCGCCCUCUCCUCAACUCUCCUCUGACUAGACACACCUUUUCUAGUCAAGCUUGGACCUCUGUACGUUCGCGAUGCGAAGGACAACAGCGAUGCUUUUCACAAGUGACCCGGUGCGCCUUCCGCCCGUCGCUCGUGGCAUACAAGCUCAAACCUUACGACAGAGAUGAUAAACCAGAGAAAGGGUUGAGGUUUCAGAAGGGCGAACUGACUAGUCGAGAGGUCAUAGACAUUUUUGGACCGAGGGCACCGCCCGUACCCUUUGCAAAUCGGCUUCUUCGAGUGCUUCAUGGACGCCGUCAUGAUGGCACCCUGGAUCUCCCGCUCCCCGAGGAUGUGCAGUCCGAGCUGCACAAAUACCCUCACGCUUUCGACGAUGGUCUGCAUUGGCUCAGACAGACAUAUCCCAUCGAUGAGGACGCCGCUAUUAUGGCGAGGAUUGAAAGAGAAGAGCAUGCUUCAGAACUGGACAGCCCAGCCGAGCUCAUACAGAGAGGGCAGGACCUCGGACUAUAUAAAGGACCUCAGAGCGGAUACUACCAUCAAAAAUUGAGCGACAAGGAAGGAGAUGUGUUUGGCGUCAGCGAACUUGAUCGACUGCGAUUAGAAAACGAAGCCGCCGCCCGCAGAGAAGAGGAGGAAAUACAGGCACAGGUUGACAAGCGCAUGGCACAAAUCCAAGCGGAGCGAACCCAAUCCCUUGCGCAACGACCGGAACAGGGUCUCGAGGCAGCAGAGGAAUUCAGACCUCCCAACAGCUUCGAAAAAUGGGUCCUCAAAGCACAAAAUCGAGCUCAGUCAAAGCUGACGCUCGAAUCCCCCGAGGUCACCCAGAAGACUUUGUUUCAGCGGCUGUUCCCGUCCUUCCUCCUAGUAUCCGUGCUAUGUGGCGCGAGCUACCUCUACUCUCAAUAUUGGACGCGACCGAGACAUGCAGACCGGUUCUUUCCCGACGUCUCACUUUCUGUUGCCACAAUAGGCACCCUGGUGGCGCUGAACGUGGCUAUUUUUGCAGCUUGGAGGAUGCCGCCCUUAUGGAACUCUCUAAACAAGUAUUUCAUCAUUGCACCGGCUUACCCUUACGCGUUCAGCAUGCUAGGGAGCCUCUUCAGCCAUCAGAAAUUUACCCACCUCUUGGCCAACAUGCUUACUCUGGUCCUCUUUGGUCUUCCUCUACAUGAAGAAGUCGGCCGUGGAACCUUUGUGGCCAUCUACCUCUGCUCUGGCCUGAUCGGAAGCUUUGCGAGUCUUGCUCGUCAUGCCGUUCAAUGUAACUGGCUGACGACAUCUCUCGGGGCCAGUGGAUGCACUUAUGGCAUCGUUGCUGCAUACUUGUAUCUUCAUGCUGAUUCUCGAUUUUCGAUUUUGUUUUUGCCGCCUGAUCUGGCGGAAAAGUUUUCAUUCACUGGAGGCGCUGUUCUGGCAGCUAUUACCGGGUAUCAUAUCAUUCGGGCCUUGGGCCCAGUGAAAAGGAUCGAUUACGUUGACCACCUGGGUGGGCUCGUGAGCGGAGUCGUCGCUGCUUGGUGGUGGAGGACCAAUAGAGAAAAAGAGAGGGAGCAAAGGAAAAGGAACGCUCCAUGGUGGCAGAGUAUCGUCGGCUCAAAAUAGAGAGAGGAGCACAUGAGAGAGGGAAUGGAAAAUCAAUAUACCAUUGUAUUUGAACCGGUGGACUGGGCAGACCCUCCUCCGCCAGCCGUGUCGGCUUGUAAUUUUACGCUUGUAGAAAUAUGACCAUGCUCACCACAUGUCCUCAAGGAUACGCGAGGAUUGCUGUAAAAUCUAGCUUAGUUGAUUUCCGA